GACGAGGUCCGACAUAGUCCGACAGUGGUCUGUCAUUGAAGAAUUGGUUCAGGAGUCAAAGAUUCGGCUGAAUUGUGUUUUGUGGGACGCUUGUUUCCAGUCAUGUGCGGCGCUGAGCGAGGAUCAGUUUCGCCACGAACUUGACUCAAAUAUCUGCACUCUGAUCUCACAUUCAUUGCGAAACCCUUCUCACCUUCAAGACAGAUUCGAACACGGACGUUAUGUCUGACCUUGAUCAGGCCAUUGAGGCCCUUCGGGCUGUAUUACAACUCCGCCCCCCGGGUCAUUCUGGGAGAAUCGCAGCUCUCAACGAUCUGGCCAUCAAACUUCAUGAAAGAUCUCAGCAACGGAGCGUCUUGUCUGACCUUGAUGAAGCCAUCGGGCUCCAUCGAUCUGUACCAUUACUCCGUCGCCCCGGUCAUCCUGAGAGAAUCCCGACUCUUAACGAUCUUGCCAUCCUAAUUCACGAGAGCUUCCAAAAGUGAGGCAACCAAUCUGACCUUGAUGAGGUCAUUGGGCUCCAUCGGGCUGUACUACUCCUCCGUCCCCCUCGGUCAUCCUGAGAGAGUCGCGACCCUCAAUGAUCUUGCUAUCAUCAUUCUGCGACAUUGUUCGUCGUAAGACGGAGUAUCACUG